GGUAGACACCACCAUUACUAAAGGAUAAUGACUAAAUCUUGAACUAAACAACCACCUAAAGGAUUCCUUUUAGUCACUACUUUAGUCCCUCCGGUAGAGACCGGCCUCAGUGACUCGAUCAUCUUGGGGUAGUUUUUCGGGCUUCUUUUCGGUGAGCUGCUUGUAUUGGUAAUAGGCAAGGGUUCCCACGCAAAUGGUAGUAAAAAAGCAGUAAUCAAGCAGGGAAGAUCCAGCUCGAGACGACAUGAUGACGAGAAAUUGCAACAGUUUCGAAGAGAGAAAGCAAAUUGCUACCCACAGAGAGCAACAGACCUUCCUGAACACUCUUCCACCUUCCACCUUCCACCAAUACAAAACAAGGUCAAUCACGUCUUUGCCUGUGGCUGUGGCUGAUACGACUGCACACGGCGAAGAAGCCCCAUAGACGAGAAAUACCGGUACUAAUAAUAACAAUAUUAUUGGGUGACGUCGGCUCUUCGUCUUCUCAUCUCUUGCGUUGCCAAAGAGUCGGUAAGGUACUGGUACCGGUGAUGAGAGUACCAGGGUGGUACAGGCGUUACCGUAACCGCCAAUGUCGCCUCGAAGCCAAAAAACACCUGACCACCGCAGAACGAGAAACGGUCACUUUUCCCAUCCUAACGAUUGUACGAGUACUCCGUACCGGUAUUGCACGCCCGCGUUUUGCAUGGGGCACAAAGUUCUACUACAAGCUGAACGGUCGAAGUGGACAAAACCUGCAUGUAACACUGCUUGUGGAGGUUGAGGAUCUGGACUCGGGAGUGAUAGGAGUAAUUCCGGUGUUUCGGUAGCACACGUAAACGUGUAAACGAACAUCGGACAACUCUCCUCAUGAUGGAUCAUGGGAUGGAGCGACUGUAGCGAAAGUCCCCAAUCCAGCCGUAAGCCAUAGCAGAGCAUGCGUGACACGAAGGCUGCAUUAACGCGGAGGAACAUUGGAGGCGCCAACGUGUCACUGGCGAGAGCAGUUUAAGGCAGGUGUUGUGUCGCAGCAGUGGUGGAAAAGUGCCGGCGAAAUGGCGACUGCCGCAAAUGGAUGAUUUGUAGAGAGGUUGAAAUCGAGGCUUGGCAGCCAGAGCGAGCAGCAGUGCUGCGAAACUGAUGCGGUAUCGCACAGGACCGACGUUUCCGCAGCCGGGACAUUGCAUUCACAGAUUCGCGAAGAAGCAAGGCAGCAGGGCUUUGGGGGGGGGGGUGAAAGUAGUGCACUCCCUCCGAGACGAGUUGAGGAGCACGACGUUCGCAAGUGAAAUGGAAAGGAACAACUCGAAUGAUCAUUUGUCGAAUGUACCGGUGGUGCAAGUCACCUCCCCGUUCAGCAAAAGUUUCGGUGGCCCCGGUAACAGUAUUUUGUGAGCUCUUCUCCAUUUCUCGAUGUAUUGCUGCUCCUGGUUCUGCGGUUUGUGAGUCUCGUUGAUUUGCAGACCACGGUUGUCAAGUACUUCCGUAGACUUUGCGGCAAGGCUCCGAAGAGCAAAAAAAGGGAGGAAUCCUAGUAGUAGGCGCGAGCUUCAGCUUCGAGUGCACGGACCUUGCCAUUGCAAAGAUCUUUCACGAGCCAAAGGUACUACCGUAGUACUGUCAUCUUUCUUUAGUGGUCUUAUAUCCUUUAUUUGUUCUCUUAAGGCUCUGUGUACCGCUAUUCGAGCCACAGUUUGUGACGCUUUGACGCUUCGACGCCGCAACCAACGGUCAUUACGGUACAGUAGCAUAAAAAUAGAGAGGAAAGGGAGUUGGGAGCUGGUCUUGUGGGUACUACAGCAUCCAUCGUUGCAUUCCUUCUGAUUGCGCAACCGCACCUGCAGAACCCACAAGCGAUAGAAUCAAAUCAUGUUUAGCAAGAGAAGUCCGGUUGAGACAUCGAGACUUUUAGGAUGGUUGACACUAUUGAUGCCACAGCUGUUUCUCCCCUUUAGCUUCGUGGCACAAGCCCAACAGAUGCCAUCCCUGGACCUUCCACUGUGGACAAAUGACAAGAACCAAAGCUACCGUCAGGAUCUCUGCGAACGUUACCGGACAUAUUCAGAGAAUGGGGAGAGUAUCGAGUUUGCUCUGGAAGGACUGCAGCUUCACACUGCCGCCAUCACGGGCAAUUUCUUCAUUCUAGACAACAAAGGUGCUUUGAACCAGGAAUACCCGGGAUUGGGCGCCAGACUGUUGGAUCAACUGGCGGAGAGAGGGCGCUAUACCUGGCGAAAUAGCUUUGCGGCUUAUGGAGAACCAGGAGAAAACCGGACGUAUACUCAACUUCUCUUGUGGUCUACAGAAUACUACGAUGUCAGUGCCGAUUGGUGGACAGAAACUCUAGCACGUCUAAGGCUGGGACUUGCCUUCCCUCAUGGUUGGUAUGAUGCCAGCUACAUUUUGGUUGGUGCGGAACAAGAGCAUGAAGAGCAUCAGAUUAAUUUGUGGGGUUGGACACAGCCAUUUGAGGCUCCAGUUUGGGGCUCCAUUGCCGCCACCAUUGUUCUUUCAGGUGUCAUUUACCAAGCAUUGGAGUUUAUAGGGUGCCCGAAAAGACACCAGGAUGAGAGAAAGCAUGAAACCUUGGGAAAUGAUAUCUUUCUGAGUGCGCUGCUAUUCUCACAGCAUUUUCAAUUCGCACCUCGCACCCCAGCCUCCAGAAUUUUUGCGGCGUCCAUGGCACUUUGGGCACUGCUGAUCAGUUCUGCCUACACUGCAAAUUUGGCCAGUUUCUUUGUCAUCCAGAAUACACCUAAUGUGCCUGUUGCAAGUAUUGAUGAUGCCAUUCGCCUUCACAUGCCCCUUUGUGUGCUCGCGACAACAGCUCCCGCAAUUUACGUGGAGCAAACGUUUCCCAAAGCCAUUCUCAUUCACAAACAUGAUGAGAUUGAUCUCUACAAUGCCUUGAACAAGGGAGAAUGUGCUUUGGUUGUCACAACACGAGCUAGUUUCAUACAAUAUGAGAAGGAACAAGUCACCAAUGCUGACUGCCGACUCACAUGGGUUGGACGUACAAUUCACGUGGCCAGGGCAGGCUUUGCCACCAAGGCAGAUUCAGGAAAGCAUUGUACAAGUCUGAUUGCUGAUGUUUUGAAUUUGCAUUUGAUCGAGAUGGAGGGUGAUGGGACUAUCAACGCACUGUGGAAGGAACACUUGACACGCACCAGUGACCAAGAUUGCAGUGCACUACACAAACAAUCAGCAGGGACAACAUCACCAAGGAACAGCAUUCAAGAAAUGGCAGGACUAUUCAUUUUGCACCUCAUGUUGACUGGUGUAGCCAUCGUUGUGGCAGUUUUUGAUAAAUUCUGGAUCAAUCACAAGGAGAAGGAGCACAGACGAAGAAUUACCUUGGCAGCUGCAGCUGCAUCCACUGAUCAAAGUACAACCGACAUGAAGGGUAGGCUGGACGAUGGUGACAAGAAGAACCGCGAAAGUGUCAGCAGAAAUAAUGACGAGGAUCCUAGCUACAGUGCCAAUAAUGAAAGCUUCAGUUCCAAUCUCGAUGCUCGUCUGUCAAGACUGGGGCCAGGUUUUGGUCUCUUGCGUGGUGGUGGUUUAGACGACAGACCCAACAAACGACGGGCGGCAACAAACAUCGAGUACCAGCUGGCAGAGCUCCAGCUUCGAAAUGAGCAGCUGGAGAUGAAAAUGGAUCAGCGGCAUGACGCCAUGCAGAAAGCAUUGGGGGACAUCACAGAGUUGCUUAAAAGGGGGAAAGAAACGGCACCGUGAGUCUAUGAUGUGACUAGUUACUUUCGAGUACGGUAGGUUGAUGCGACUGGCUUCUGUGCGCGAGUUCUGAAGGACAAGUACCGGUGCCGUAGCUUACGUGUACGGUAGCAGUACCGGUACCGGUACGUAGAGUACUCCCACGGCACCUCCAUCUAAAGCCAACUUCAUUUGCUCCCGGAGCAGCCCAGACAUGUGACUUGCACGGCCCACUGAGUACAGUCGUAAUGGUCUACGUGAACAGAAGAUUUUCACCAGCAGAUACAUGCAUGCGUGGAGUUGCCUUGGGACCAACCUUCAGGCACGCUACCGUACCGGAGCUUUCACGCAGCCUUGCAGGGAGGAUUGAAUACAUGUAAACCAACAGUACUGGUAUUACACCAUGUUUUUGAUUUCUGUCGCAAGGCCUUUUUGAUCGGAAGCUAAUCGGAUGAUGUAAUCACAGUACAGUAUACAGGAGUCCUUUAAUUAAUUGGUUUCCUAGAAUUCGCAUUGAGACUACCGAGUCUCUGGCACUUAGUUAUAAGGGCAGUUGAUCCCGCAUGGCCAAGAUCUAUAAGUGGAAGGUUUCCUCGAGUCCUUAGCUGUAUUAACAGAACCCGGUCAAAUAAGAGGCAGUUCGAUCAUCCAUCAAC